AUGGCUGGCGGCGGCACUCCUGUUGGACCUUCAGCAUCGCCUUUGGGCCAGGCCUGGGGAUAUGGUAUCGUUCUUGGUAUUGGGUUUUUGUUCGCUCUGGGCAUGGUCUUCACAACAUGGGUUCUCAGGCGCUACAACAACGAACUCCAAACAUCAGAAAUGUUCUCGACGGCCGGGCGUUCCGUCAAAUCUGGCCUCGUCGCAUCAGCUGUUGUUUCCAGCUGGACUUGGGCUGCUACCCUUUUGCAGAGCUCCUCGGUUGCCUUUCGCUAUGGUGUCUCAGGUCCACUGUGGUAUGCUGCUGGAGCUACCGUUCAGAUCCUGCUGUUCGCUACGGUUGCGAUUGAGUUGAAGCGAAGGGCUCCCAAUGCUCAUACAUUCCUCGAAGCCGUUCGCGCUCGCUAUGGAAAGGCGACACAUUGUGUCUACAUAACCUUCGGCCUCUUCACCAACAUACUCGUCACCGCCAUGCUGCUCACCGGUGGCUCGGCUGUCAUCACCUCUUUGACUGGGGUCCCCACUGCGGCCGCUUGUUUCCUGCUCCCGCUCGGAGUCGUCAUUUACACCAUGUUUGGUGGCAUCAAGGCUACAUUCCUUACUGAUUAUAUCCACACUGUGAUUCUUUUGGUCAUCUUGUUGAUAUUCGCUUUCACGACAUAUGCUACGGGCGAUCGUCUCGGCUCCCCAAAGGCUGUCUACGACCGACUCCAAGAGCUCUCGAACAUCACGCCAGUUCCAGGUAAUGCAGGAGGAAGCUAUCUCACGAUUAGGAGUAAGGAAGGUGCUAUUUUCUUCGUCAUCAACAUCAUUGGCAACUUUGGGACAGUUUUCAUGGACAACGGAUACUAUAACAAAGCCAUCGCCGCGUCUCCGGUUCACGCGCUUCCUGGAUACAUCAUUGGUGGACUCUCUUGGUUUGCUAUCCCAUGGCUCUGCGCGACAACAAUGGGCCUGGCCGCACUGGCUUUACAGAACACGGAAUACUUUCCUACCUAUCCAAAUGUAAUGGCGGAAGCAGAUAUUAGUGCCGGUCUUACGCUGCCGUAUGCUGCAGUUGCCCUUCUGGGAUCUGGAGGAGCCGUGGGCACGCUUUUGAUUGUCUUCAUGGCGGUUACCUCUGCAUUUUCCGCUCAGCUCAUUGCUGUCUCUUCGAUUUUGACUUAUGAUGUGUACGGGGCAUAUAUCAACACCAACGCUAGCGGAAAAAGGCUGGUGUACACUUCGCAUGUAUGUGUUUGUGGAUUCGGUCUUGUCAUGGCAGGCUUCUCCACUGGAUUGCACUAUGCUGGCAUCAGCAUGGGUUGGCUGUACGUGUUCAUGGGUGUCAUCAUCUCAUCUGCUGUACUUCCCGCUGCUCUUACCUUGAUGUGGAAGGGCCAGAAUAAAUGGGCAGCAACCCUCUCUCCGAUCCUGGGUCUCUGCUGCAGCAUUACCGCGUGGCUUGUCACAACCUCCAAGCUAAACGAUGGUGUAAUCUCAGUUGCAACAUCUGGCGCCAACAAUCCCAUGUUGGCUGGCAACGUUGUCGCCUUGUUGUCUCCCAUGGUAUUCAUCCCAGUGUUUACACUAAUUUUCGGUGUUGACAAUUACGAUUGGAUCUCUAUGAAACAGAUUCGCCUUGUCGAUGAUUCUGAUGUCACAGCAGCCGCAAACAUGGACCUCGAAGCCGUGCACGGCCGCCACUCUGCUCUCAGCCCUGAAGCCGAGGCCGCGGAACAAGCCAAACUAUUCCGCGCUUCCAGGAUUGCAAAGAUCACAACAGCAACGCUCACACUCAUUCUCCUGGUUCUCUGGCCUAUGCCACUAUACGGCUCAGGUUAUAUCUUCAGCGAGAAGUUUUUCGCGGGCUGGGUCAUUGUCGGUAUCAUCUGGCUCCUCUGCUCGACUUUGGCUGUGGGCGUGUAUCCAUUGUGGGAAGGCAGGGCCAGCUUGAAGAGGAACUUUGGAGGUAUGUGGAGAGAGGUGACAGGUAAGGGAAGGCCCAGCGCGGCUCGUAUCACGUUUGUUGGGGUAAAGAAGGAUGGGGAGGUAUCAGGGAUGCAUACGCCGAAAGAGGCGGAUGGGGACGUCAUAGAGAAGAAAUAG